AUGGCCUCCGGCUGUGCGUGCGGCGGCUCCUCGUGGUCCCGCGAGGAGAGCCUCGGCAUCACGCUCACGGUUCUGGGCGGCAUGCACUACGGCUACAACCUCGCCAUACCAGCCGUCGCCGCCAAGGGCAUCGCCGCAUCGCUCGGGCUUCACAUAGACGAGGGCUACCUGACCUCAAUCACGCUCCUCGGCGCGCUGCUCGGCUCUCCGCUAGCCGGCGCCGUGGCAGAGACCAGCGGCCGCCGGAUGUCCACCAUUCUGGGCGAGUCCCUCUCGGUGCUCGGCGCGGUCGCGUGCUCGCUCGCUUCGUCGCCCACGACGCUGGCCGUAACCCGCUUCGUCGUCGGCUUGGGCGUGGGCUUCUGCACGCUCUGCAAGCCGCUCUACAUCUCGGAGACUGUGCUCUCCGACAGGCGAGGCACGGUGCUCGCCCUCUUUGCGCCCAGCGUCGCCGUCGGCAUCCUCAUCGCGGAGGCCACACCUCUGCUGCUUCCGGCGGGCGCCGCGGAGAGCCCGAUCUCCGUCGCCACCGGCGCCUCAAACGCCUCCCUCGUCGGCGCACCGGCGCCCGCGGCGGCCGUGUCUGCCGCGUGGCGGCUGCAGGUUGCGUCGGGCGCUGUGCUCCCCGCCACUCUGCUCGCCAUCGCCGUCGCCGCGAUGCCCGAGUCUCCCGCCUGGCUCGCCAUGCGCGCGUCUGGCAGCGACGGCGGCAGCGGCGCGGGUCCGCGCGAGGGCCCUUCCGACGAGCUACUGGCCGAGGAGCCGGGCGCACUGGCGCUGCUCGGCUCGGGCAGCGCGCGGCGGGUCGCCUUCCUCGCGACGCUCCUCGCCUUCGCGCAGCAGGGCACCGGUGCGGCGGGGGUGAUCCUCUUCCCGAAGGAGCUGGUCGGGUCGGCGGUCGAGCUGGCGGGCGCGCCGCAGCCGUCCUGGGCGCUGCUCGUCGUGCCCGCAUCGAAUUUGGCCGGCGCAGUUGCAGGCACCGCCCUCAUCGGCGCCGUUGGCUGCCGGCGCGCCAUGCUCGGCGGGCUGAGCGGCAUGACGGCCGCCACCCUGCUUCCGCUGCUGCUGCCGCGGCUGCUGCCGCCGCCCUCCGCGCCGAUGCUCGCCGCCCUCCUCGCCAGCUUGGGCGGGUGGGCCAUCUUCUUCCAGCUCGGGCCCGGCUGCAGCUACUUCGUCGCCGUCACCGAGGCGGCACCGCCGCGGCUGCGGGCCCUCUCCGUCAGCCUCGGCAACAGCGCGCGCUACUUCCUCGAGCUGCUCGCCAUCCGCUACUUCGUGCAGGUGUGGGGCGCCGCGUCCCACGCCUCCCUCCUCCUCGGGGUCGCCGCCGUGUCUGCGCUCUGCGCCCUGCUCCUCCAGCUGCACCUCUCCGAGUCGCGCCACCCGUCGGGAGGCAUCGACCUAUCCGCCACAUGGCGCUCGUCCGGCGCGGAGCAACUGCCGCGCGGCGCUUCCGGGUACACCUCCGCGCCCGCCGCCGUCGCCGCCGCCGCCACGCCGCCGCAGAGCGUGCGUGUGCACGGCGGGGGGGGGGUGGAGGGGCGGGGCAUGGAAGGGCGGGGGAUGCGCUCUAGCGGGAGCGCGCCCUCGCUGGCGACGCCCAACGGCUCGCUCGACGCUCUCUUCCCGCCGCUCGCGCGCACGCUCGGCCGCCUCUCCGCCUCGCGGCCGCCGUCCUUCCUGCUCGACCUGUUUGCAGAGGCGGGCGGCUCCGAGAGGGGCAGCCGCGGGUACAGCCCCGCAGGAGGGACGCCCCCCCCCGCAGGGGAGCUCUCCGUCACCGUGGCGGCCGCGGCCAGCGAGGAUGCCGACGAGCCAUACGCUGUCGAGGGGAGCUUCGCAGGCCGCGCCCACCCGCGCUGCCGCCGCCGCUUCUCGUCCUUCGAGACGCUGCUGCAGCACCUCGCCGCGUCGGGGUCGAUCCUCGUUUGCUCGACCGCGGUGCGGCUCACGCCCGCCGCGCAAGCCUGCAUCGAGGGCUGGAGCAGCCGGCUCGGCUACGAGCACGCGGCCGCGGGAGCCGCCGGUCACGCGCCGCUGCUGCAGCAGCUGGUCGACGACUUGCUGCAGUUUCAGGAGCUGAGGGACUCGGACCUGCUGCAUGCCUUUGUAUUUGACGAUUGA